AUGGAGGAUCCCACGGAGAUGCCAGUCCCGGCACCGCUUGCCGCGGAGCCGCUGGCUAUGGAGCUGCAGCGUGGGGACAAGCCGGCGGCACACGUCGUGGCGUCGUCGUCGUCGUCGGGGGGGCUGGUGUGGGACGACCGCGUGGCCCCGUCGCUGGUGCGCAACGGCGUCCGCCUGCGGGGCAACAAGCUGGUGGUGCCGCGCGACGGCCUCUACUUCGUCUACGCCGCCGCCGCCUUCGCGGGCGCCCGCUGCCCGCCGCCGCCCGCCGCCGCCCGCCCGCUGCGCCUCUCCGUCUCCCGCUUCUCCGAGGAGUACCCGCGCGACGUGCCGCUGCUCACCGCCGUCCGCUCCGUCUGCCCCGGUGGCCCCGGGCGGCGGCGGCGGCGGCGGCGCCGCGGCGGGGACGACGACGACGACGGCGACGGUGACGGCGACGGGCGGCAGCUCUGGUUCGAGUCGCUCUACCAGGGCGCCGUGUUCCAGCUGCGCCGCGGCGACCAGCUGGCCGCCACCACCACGGCCGAGCGCUUCCUCGACCUGCACGGCGGCGGGCAGGCCUACUUCGGCGUCGUCGGCGUCGACUGA